AUGGAUGCAAAACAUGAUAACCCAGGAGGAGGUGAUGGUAAACAUGAGCAUGACGGCACCGAUUUGCACGACGAUGUUGUCAUCGAGAUUCAAGAAUCCCAGUGGGAUGAUGAGCACCAGCACAAUGAGGUAACCGAGUGUGAAGAACAUAUAGCGAUCGUCGAAAGGCGAACUAGAGUCUACGUUUUGCGCGACACAAGUCCAUCCGAUGUGUGGAUACGCUUCGAGACCACACGUCUUUUUGAAGAUGAAAAUCAGCAUGGAAUCCAUGACCUGUGCACAAAUGAUAAUCGAUGCAAUAAAAUAAUGAUCUACAUAUUAUUAAAAUAUUAA